GACAUUAUGUCUGUAGCCUCUCCAUCUGCUGUAAUAAUAAUAUUAUGUUUUUAUAUUUAACAUACGCGUGCAUAGUGAAGGGGUUCCUGUGUAGUUCGGUUUGCCGUUAAAACAUCCCGGUGCAUUCAACCGUUUAAUAUCGCGUGUGAAACGGAGGCAGAAGCUCCGGGUGGAAAUGGCGGAUGGAGAGAGAGAUCGGAACAAAUGAGCGAAUCCGGAACAACACCGACUUUCAUGACGGGCCGUAUGCGAUCAAAACACAUCAGAUUUCAGUAAAGUGGACUCGUUGCGUUUAGUACGGUCGGUGUGUUUAUAGAACGGAUACGGUUUACGAUGGUCCUGACAGCAUAUGUGGACACCUGUGUCCUUCACCAGACUCUGAGGAGUCAGACGGUGUCGUCAUAGCAGCAGUUCUGGAGGAAGAGGGGGAGCGAGUGUUUCGGUGGCGCCACGCCCUGCUGCAGGGUAUGGAGUACCACAGUUCAGGGACGUUGCCCCUCUUGGGCAGCCCGCGCUACUGCCCAGGCACUAACAGCGCCAGCGGCUACCUCUGCCAGACUGGGCACUGCUGUCAGGAGACGGGCUGCUGUACCUACUACUAUGAGCUGUGGUGGUUUUGGCUGCUGUGGAGUGUACUCAUCUUGUUUAGCUGUUGUUGUGCGUAUCGUCACCGUCAGGCAAAGCAGCGCAUUCAGCAGCAGCAGAGACAGAGAGAGAUAAACCUCAUGGCGUAUCAUGGAGCCUGUAGUUACCCUUCCUCCAUGCUUGACCUCAGUUUCCUUGCGUCCCUCAAACUGCCAUCCUAUGAGGAAGUAGCUGCCCAGCCCAGCACCCCGCCCCCUCCAUACAGCUCUGUGGCUUAUGUGCGAGACUCCGCCCACCCUGGCCCGAGUCACAUGCUGUCAUCUCAAAGUUCUGACAACUACACCAGCUGCUCCUGUGACUCCUGCUGUCCGUCAUCCCCCUGUAGCUCCUCCCCCUCUUCUGCUCAACUCACAGAUGAGACAGAUACAAGCCACGCCUCCACACCCUCUCUCAGUGAGACUGGACACGCCCACUCCACAGCAGCGGUUACACAUGGCGAAACUGUUUCAGUACCACCGAUCAACGAAUGCGGCCAAUCUCCUACGCUCAGCACGGCAGAGGUUCUGGAGGCAGAGCUAUCAGGCUCCACCCCCAUGGACUGCAACGGCAACAACACCGUCAUCAUAGUUAGCAACAAGCCUUCAAAGAACAGCACAGAUAAUGCUAGUUAUACCACCGUAAUAUGUGACGCAUCUCACGCAAAUAGUACUAAUAAUAUCUGCGCUGCUAGCGCAAACAACUACAAAAACGUUAGUUCCAACAUUAGUCCAACAUCUAAGAACAUCACCAGCCUUUCAAGACAAAAUGCCACAACCAGAAGACCUAGUGCAACUGGCCCUCUCGCCUCAACCCGUUCACCCUCUUCCUCGUCUCUCCAACUUUUCUUGAUCUCUGACCCACUAGGCGUACGUUCUGAUCAGCAAAAUUCUGCAACAGAAAGGGAGGAGCCUGUACAAAAUGCCCUCUUUGCCCCGCCCAGAUCCGCCCUCUUUUCUCCCAGCGUGGAACCAGAGCGCCGCGAUUCCACCGUGAGCGACUUGGAUGUGGACCAAACGCACCUCCAGCAGCGACGGCUAACUGGCGACUCCGGCAUCGAGGUUUGUCGCUGCAGUAUUGAGCAAGAAGAAGAAGAUGAGGACGAAGACGAAGGUCAGUUACAGACGGAGUCGGCCGUUGGGCCAAACGACGGUCUCCAUGACAGCCCAGACUGUUCCGCUAGAGCUAGACAGUUGCCGGCGGAAGGGGGCGGAAAAGAGGCAUGGCUCGUCUCCCCUGUCCCUCUGCCGGUGGAAGCGGUCGUUAUUGCUAUGGAAACUGACUGAAGGUAAAGCAAAAGUGGGUGAUAGAAAUCCUGGGCUUAAACGGUUAGUGUUAUGGGUUGCGCCAACAUCGGUACUGGGCUCAAGCCACCGGCACGUGAGAGCAGCUGUAAGGACUGACGUUAGAAGAUACGCAACCUUAAUCUUUGACCUGGUCUUUGGUCUUAGGCUUACAUAUCUCUGUUUUCAUUAUUUGUCUUUCUUUCUCUGUUGUUUGUCUGCGGACUAAAUGUAUUUACACACUAGAGAAGAUUUGAUGCGUUAGAAGGUAUGAAAAGAGUUGGGUGAGAUUAAAAUAACCAGACUCUUCAGAUAUCAGAAGGCACAACUGGACCUGCUUGCCUGAACAGAUCCUACAACAACUGACGCAAAACGUAGCAUUUUUCUUCUAUAUCCUUUCAACGAAAUCAAUGGAUUUGCAUCGUCCUCUGAGACGGCGUAAACUCUUGUGUGUGCAGUAGGCACAGGGUUAGGUUAGUUAUAUCAGUAUGUUUGACAAAGGACAAUAUUCUGACUGUACCAGCGAAUCGGACCCUCAAAAUGUUCUCUAUGAUUGUCAAGCUGCUUCUUUUGCUCAUUUAGUAAAAAACACCAACAAUUGUGACACGACAACACAAGCUGUUCCCUUUCCACGAAAUUCUUAGAAAUGCCAAGGUGGCCAUUUUGUGCUCUUAAUUAAGACCGUUUGUCACCAGUUUUGUGUGACGGAACCCACCAGAACACUCCAGAACCGCAGGUUGUACCCUUCCCAUCCCAACGUUUCAGAACACCAGCUCGGCGAAACAGAUGCUGCAUCACAACCACUAAAGAAGAAUAAAUAGAACACCUCAGGACAUUUGUUUGGUUAUGUCUUUAUGUAAACAAUAUAUGUGUUAAUAUGAUUUCAGUGUGAUAAAAUCACUUAAUAACCUUAUCCGUGUAAAGUUAUAUACAAUGUUAAAACUUGGUUGUCAUGACAAGAAAACCCUAUAAUUCCAGUAUUGUCUAUAACUUUACACGGAUAAGGUUAUUAAGUGAUUUUAUCACACUAAAAUCAUGUUAACACGUAUAUUGAUGACGUCUUAUGGCUAUACUUUUGAAAUGAUGUGCAUUUUAGUGUUUAUGUUUUUAAACAUAAGCUUAUCUUGUAUUGGACACAGAACUUUCCUUUUAAAAAAGAGUUUUUGCAUUGUGACAUCAGUUUUCAGAAUAAGUAAGGAAAAACUGAUUCUGGCCCAUUGAAUUAUUGAAAAAUAAUGCACACCCGAGGUGGUAAUGCGGUCACAAUGCAAAGCGGAGUGGCCGUUGCACCUCGGGUGUGUAUUAUUUUUCAAUAAUUCAACGGACCGAAGUCAAUUAUUCCGCUUAUACCACGGCUACCACACCUCAAGACAUCGUUCAGGGUUUUAUCUCAAGGCAUUUUCUGGUUUUCGUCCCUAAAACGCUCUUGUGAGUGGAACUACUUUCUUCUGCCACAGAUUCAGUGUCUUGUUUUGAUACAGCCUGAGCCUUCGUUGCUAAUUUGAAAACGUCACUUUAGAACUAGCAACGAAUGCUUCCUUGUACUGAAGUAACAAGGAAGAGCGUUUGUGUGUGUGUGUGUGUGUGUGUGUGUAAGUGAGCGAAAGAGAGAAUCUCAGAGACAGAUCGUGUGCGGGAUUACCUUUGUUUGUUGCAGCUUUUGUCAGAAGUAACAUUGCUUCAAAUCCUCAAUAUGUACAUUUAAGCACACUUAUUUAGCAGCAGUGAUGUGUCGCUACUUUUGUAUAUAGCUUUUCCGUUGUAAACCUUAACAACUGUUUAUAUUCCCACGGAGAUGCAGUUGUGCGCUGACAUGACGGCUUUGUUUUUCACUCGCGAGUAAGUGUGUGUGUCCUGUGUGCGAGUGUGGGUUAGAGUAGAGGUCUGCGCGGGACUUUUUGUUCCAUCCCGCUACCGCCCACUCCCGCAAGUUUCUAUCCCACACCUGAACGCUCCCGCUGAAUUUUAUGUUCAAUGUUUAUGUUUAUGUUCACCCGCUCUCUGCCCACAGUGAUUUUCUUCCUGACCGCUCCCGUUCCCGCAACCCCACUGUCCCCAAUGUCUUUGUUUUAAUUGGUUAUUUUGUUGUGGUAGCCUGUACGUCUCUUUGAAAUAACUGAAUUAAUUUGACGAAGUGACAUGGAACCGUUAUGCGGUCAAGACCUGGAACUACUUCAUAGCCGUGCGUUUACUGGAAAAUAAUUGCACACCUUAGAACGUCCAUCAACCAGUCAGAAUCAAGCAUUCAACAGACCCAUGGUAUGAGAAUUACUGUACAAACAAAUGCCAACGCAACACAUUCGGACGCAUUACAGUAAUGAGAAUUUGGUGGAGAGGAAUGUGUUUAAUUGUCAUGAAAAUGAUGUCACAAUGCAAACAUUCUCAAUGGUCCUUAAAAAGUUUCAUUUUAUUUAUGCAAAAUUCUAAAUAAUUUUUAUUUUAGAUUUUUGUUUUGUUUUGGGGUGUAACGUGUUCUGGAUGCGUUUUCAUAAGAUUCAUACAUGUAGCCUAAAGACAAACUGCUGUUAACAUCCAUAGAUAUAUAUCGAAAUAGAUAUAAUUAUAUAUAUAUGAAUAAUAAAUAUAGUAGCUUCAGAUUGACAAUAUAAGCUCUGUCUAUAUAAAAUUAUCUAUAUUUUCUAAGCAUGCUGAUAGGAGUGUUUGGUGUGUGGUGUUUAAUGUUGUCAGAGGGGUUCUGUGUUCCAUCUUUAGAAUAUUGAUAGUGUCACCAUCAUCACUGUUGCGUUACCAUGGCAUUAAUAUGAUGACCCACUCUAGUGUAAGCAUUAGAGUGUGUUUGACGCUGAUGUGUGGCACUGUGAAAGGUGUAAUUCAAACAUUUAAAGACUAAACGCUCUACUAAAACAACACAAUGAACAGCCUGUCUUGUAAUCUCUGUUUGCCCAGUGAAUGCUUUGUGUGUGUGUGUGUGUGUGUGUGUGUGUGUGACUGAAUGUAAAUGGUGUUUUAUGAGUCACUGGUGCUUUAGAGAAAACUGAUGAAUUGUGAAUAAUUAAAUUAAAUAGA